AUGACUGUUCUAACAUGGAUCCGACGGACAAAUCAAUGGGCAGUUUUCGUAUGGAAUCGUGUUCUGGAAAUAAGGAACCUUACGGAUGUUGAAUCCUGGAGAUAUGUUCCGGGGGCCAUGAACCCGGCAGAUUUACCUUCCCGAGGUUGUGAUGCUAAGAAAUUCCUCGAAUUGAAAUGGUGGGAGGGACCGGAAUGGUUGAAACUACCUCCCGAAGAAUGGCCCCAAGAGGAGGGAAAAAUUGACGAGAACAUGGAAUUUCUGGAAGCCUUCAGAAGAUUCAUUGCACGUCGGGGAAGACCUUCCAUAGUAUACAGCGACAAUGGAAAAAAUUUUGUAGGGGCUAAAAAUCUACUACAGAAAAUCAAUUGGCGGAAAAUUUCCCAAUAUUGUGCCCUCAACGAGAUAACAUGGCAUUUUAAUCCACCUUCAGCCUCCUGA